AUGGCGUCGCUCUUCUCGGUGGAAGGCCUCCAGCAGGCUCUGGGUAAAGAUAUCCCCAGCCUCGUACUCUCAGCUACUACACUGGGAGUUCUGUCUCACGUCUCCAUUUUCCGAAGUUUGCCCGUGGAGGAGCACCUGUACUCUCUUCUCAGUUUCUACGCAGCAGCAGUGAUCGCGGUAGCAAUUGCCUAUCUAUCACUUACAGAAUUCUCCCCAAUCCAAACCCUUUUCCGGAUAGGAUCCAUCGCAUCAGCAUUUAAUACGGGCCUCGCAUCGAGCAUCGCAAUCUACCGGCUGUUUUUCCAUCGGUUACGCGCCUUCCCUGGACCAUGGCUGUCGAAGUUCUCCCGGUUCUACGAUGCGUAUCUCGCGGGUAGGAACGUGCAGUAUAAUGUUGAAAUUGCGAGGAUGCAUCAGGAAUAUGGGGACUUUAUUAGAACUGGACCGCGAGAAAUAUGCAUCGUUCGCAAAUCCGCCGUCCCUCUGCUUUUAUCACCGCAGUCGAAAUGUGGAAAGUCGACGUUCUAUGCCCAGGCGCAAACGGAGUCGAAAUACUGCUCUGUCCACCAUACCCGCGACUCUGAUGACCAUCGCAGACGGCGAAAGGCGUGGGAUCGCGGGUUCAGCAUUAAAGCUCUAUCGGGGUACGAACCAAACAUCACAGAUAAAGUAGAUCUCCUAAUCUCACAUAUCGCCAAGAAUCAGGGCAAGGCAAUCAACGCAACCAGCUGGUCCAUGUUCCUCAGCUUCGACAUCAUGGGCAACGUCGGGUUCGGCAAAGAGUUUAACAAUCUAUUGACCGGGGUAGAGCAUCCGGGGAUCAAAGCUGUGCAUGACCACAUGGCGAUCUUGGGCACGAUGGGCCAUGUCCCGUGGCUGUUGAAUAUAAUCAGCCAUCUCCCCGGCGCGACUUCAGCCAUGGCGGAAUUCUUCAAGUGGUGCGAGGAUGAGGUUGUGCAGAAACACCAAAACUGGGACAUCAAUGAAUACCCACGAGAUAUAGUCUCGUGGCUCCUCAAAGCGUACGUCGAGAAAGACGUAUCAGCUGCACCAACUGCAAAUGCACUCCACGAAGACUCCCGGGCAGUGCUUGUCGCCGGAAGCGAGACGACAGCGACAACGCUGGCAUCGAUACUAUACUACCUGUGCAGAAAUCCCUCCGUCCUAACAAAGCUGCAGCGCCUGCUAGACGAAGCAAUGCCAGGCGGAUCAGCGGAGUGGGCGUACCACAAAAUCAAAAACAUCAGCUACCUUGAGGAUAUCAUCAACGAGACGCUGCGGCUACGACCUGCUGUUUUGACUGGUGGGUAUCGGGUUACGCCGCCUGAGGGGAUCCAGGUUGAUGAGGUUUAUAUCCCGGGGGAUGUGAAUGUCUUUGUGCCGACGCAGUUGAUCCAGGCGGAUGAACGGUACUAUACUGAUGCGAAGAAAUUCGUACCUGAGAGAUGGAGUGAGAGGAAAGAAAUGAUCCAUGAGGGCGCUCCUUAUUUUCCCUUCUUAUACGGGCCCUAUAUCUGCCCUGGAAAGCAUCUUGCUCUGAUGAGCCUCCGCAUUUCAGUGUCAAAACUAGCCCAGCGAUAUAAUAUCAGCUUUGGCCUAGGUGAGACGGGGGAACUGUUCGAGACGAAGACUUUGGAUACAUUUACCACUACGCUGCCACCACUCCAUGUGCAGUUUUCGCUCCGGUGA